UCGGGCACGCAAGUAACAAAUUAAUGGCUUCCAGCUCGUGUUUCUGCUGACGCUAUUCUUGUAAUCGCGCGUUUCACAAUUUGCGAAUUAUUGUCAGUUAUUCAUAUAAAAAAAAUCUAAUUCGAUUGAGAUUUGACAGGGUGUACAGCUCCAAAUAUAGUAACUCACAAUUAUUGUAAUUAAAUGACUAAUGUGGAUUAAUUAUCAUUAAACAUUAGUGCUUUAUCUUGACAAUUGGCCCACCCACGACACCAAGACGAAGCUCAAAAUGCCUCUCGGUAAUCACGUUGCCUUAAGACCAUUAGAUGACAUGUCUGCUGGACGUGGUCAAGCUGGUGGUGGUGGUGGGCCACCACAAAAUUGUAUGAAGGUUUUUAUCCAACGCGACUACAGCCAAGGCACUAUGGUAAAAUUUCAGACUCGAUUUCCUCCAGAAUUAGGUGACAGACUUGAUGUAGAUUCUUUUGAGUACACAAUCAAUCAACUGAAUAAUUAUUUUGCUGAAGCAGAAAGAGCUAGCUGUUCAACUUACUGUGAAGGUUGUCUUGCUUGUUUGACAGGUUAUUUAAUUUAUAUUUGCACUGAAACUCACUAUGAAAAGUGUUUGAGAAAAGUAGCUAAAUUUAUUUGCGAACAAAAUGAUAGAGUAUAUAGGCCUCGUGGACUUUUAUUGACAGAUCCAACUACUCGAGGUUUAAGACUUAUAGAAAUUUCAAUAUUAGAUAGACCACCAUCGUGACUGCAUGUAAGCCGAUCCACGGAAUUUUUCAUGUGACCCAAAUUUAUUUUUCAAUUUUUUACCGUUCAAUAUUUUUUUUUAUGACUUCAGUAAAAAAUUUGAUUUCGCAUAAUUAUCUUUGAUGUUAUGAGUACAUCUAUACUUGUAUCUUUUUGUUUUUUGUAGCAGAAGGAAUAUUCAGGUGAUUUUUUUUAUUUCUAUUACUCGCAACAAUUUCAAGUAUAGUUGUUGAUAAAGAUGGAAAUAAUAUGCAUUUAUAAUUUAUUUAGGUGCAAUGAGAAAAAAAGGCAAAAUAGGUUGUUUUUUUAUAUUUAUAAAGGGCAUGACAUUAAAGUAAAUACAUAAUUGAAAAUAAUUCUUCCAUUUUUUUCAUGUUAUGACAUGAAAAAAAAAACAACUUACUUCCAACUAUUCUCUUCAUUAGAGCAAGGUUAACUGGCCGUAAAUAAAUGAUGAAAUGAAGUUGCGACGUUUCUUUUCUUUUAUAGAAAUUUACUUCGGUGUUAAUAUUCUUAUUAUGUUUUCGUUUUAAAAGGAAAAUUCCCUGGAUUGGUUUGUAGGAAAUGUUUAAAAAAUUGCGCAGUGAUGGUAAAGCGUAAGAGUAAAAUAAUUUAAGGAAUAAAGUGAAUGAGAUUUUUUUAACUUGAAGUAAUUCAACAAAAAUUAACAAAUAUGCGUUAAACAUGACGCAGUAGUCUUUCUAGCUGCAAUAUAUAAGUCUGAGAAUGAUAUUUCGGUUUUACGAUAAAUGUAAAUUUUUCUCAGUGAAUGAAUGUUGGAAAACUUCUUUGAAAAAACGAUGUUUAAAUCAAUUUUAAAAUUUAUCUAAAUUUUUCGGUAUGUAAGGUAGGAUUGGGAACGAUGUAAAUAAUGCAAUGAUGAUAAAGUGAAU